AUUCCCUAGUUUUUUUGUUUACUUAAACUUACAACAACCCUUUAUAAUUUGUACAUACAGCUCCCCCAGGAGAAACCUACACACACUUCCCUUCUUUCUUUCCAAUUUAAUAAUUCAAACUUCUCACUUCUCUGCUCUCUUUUUUCAACCAACCAUGGCCAACCGAUGGUGGACCGAUCCGGUGGGUCUGACCGGAGUAGACAACUCCACCAACUCUCCCAUCAAGAAACCCGAUCUGGGUUUAUCUGCUCCCAUCAACAAGCACGAAGAACAAGAUGACAACAACAGCGACGAGUACCCCAAGGAAGGAGCAAUCGAGCUCUCCGCCACGCGCCGCCCAAGGGGCCGUCCUCCUGGCUCCAAGAACAAGCCCAAGCCGCCGAUAUUCGUCACCAGAGACAGCCCUAACGCUCUCAGAAGCCACGUCAUGGAGGUUGCUAACGGUGCUGACAUCACCGAUAGCUUGGUUCAGUUCGCAAGGAAGCGCCAGAGAGGGGUCUGCGUUCUCAGCGCCACCGGAACAGUCGCCAACGUCACUCUCCGGCAGCCAACUGCUCCCGGCGCCGUCAUGGCACUCCAUGGGCGAUUUGAGAUCAUAUCUUUAACAGGCUCGUUUCUUCCCGGGCCGUCGCCGGCGGGGUCGACGGGGCUGACCGUGUACCUGGCUGGAGGGCAGGGGCAGGUGGUGGGCGGCGGGGUGGUGGGGCCUCUUGUGGCGUCGGGAUCAGUUAUGAUAAUGGCGGCUACGUUUUCGAAUGCAGUUUAUGAGAGAUUGCCAAUUGAGCAGGAUGAGGAUCAACUUCAAGAAGUGCCUCCUGCUGCCAACGGCGGUGGGUCUCCGCCGGUGUUAGGUGGUUCCGGCGGGGACGGUUAUAUGGUUGGGCAGCUGAGCCAUGAAGGUUCUUGGGGUCAUUCGAGACCACCACCACCCCCCUAUUGAACCCUUGAAAUUUAAUUAUGUUUAAUAUAAUAAUUAGUAUGUUUGUUAAUUACUUUUUCUUAAUUACUAAAUCAUAGAUACUACUCUAAGUAGUAACUCAUCAUCUCAUCUGUACAUUUAAUUUACUGCAAAAAACGGCUUAGGUUAUUAUCAUUAUAUCAUCUUUUGCAUU